AUGGCUGCAGUAACCCGAUAUUCUGGGAAGGUGGUGGUGGUGACUGGGGGCAGUCGGGGCAUCGGGGCUGCGAUCGUGAGAGCCUUUGUCACAAGAGCCGCCAGAGAGGCAGGUGCUUUGGGUGGCCACAAGAGGGCAGCAGAGGCAGUGACGCAAGUCUGCAGGGCCGGUAACGUUGUUCUCUUUCUCUUGACAGUGGACAGUGGGGCUCAAGUGGUUUUCUGUGACAAGGAUGAGGCUGGGGGCCGGGCUCUGGAGCAGGAACUCUCGGGCACUGUCUUCAUCCCUGGUGAUGUGACCCAGGAAGGAGAUUUGCAGGCUCUGAUUUCUGAGACCCUCUCUCGAUUUGGCCACUUGGAUUGUGUAGUGAAUAAUGCUGGCUACCACCCACCUCCACAGUUGCCUGAGGAGACCUCUGCCGAGAGCUUCCGCCGGCUACUGGAGGUGAACCUCCUGGGGACAUACACCUUGAUCAAGCUUGCCCUCCCCCACCUGCGGAAGAGCAGAGGAAACGUCAUCAACAUCUCCAGCCUGGUGGGGUCUGUUGGCCAGUCCCAGGCACUUACCUAUGUAGCUACCAAGGGUGCAGUGACUGCCAUGACCAAGGCUUUGGCCUUAGAUGAGAGCCAAUAUGGUGUCCGAGUCAACUGCAUCUCCCCAGGAAACAUCUGGACUCCACUGUGGAGAGAGCUGGCAGCCUCAACUUCAGACCCCAGGGCCACCAUUCUAGAAGGCACCUUGGCCCAGCCCCUGGGCCGCAUGGGCCAGCCAGUCGAGGUGGCGGCUGCAGCUGUUUUCCUGGCCUCUGAAGCCACCUUCUGUACAGGGCUUGAGCUUCUUGUGACCGGGGGUGCAGAGCUGGGGUAUGGACGCAAGGCUAACAGAAGCAGCCUCGUUGAAGUCCCCAUUCUCCUACCCUAAUUCACACUAACUUAUGUCCUACCUACCUCUUCCCUUCCUUCCCUUUUUGUGGUACUGGAGAUUAAACCUAGGACGUCUUGUGUGUUAGGCUGAGGCUUUACCACUGAGUCACACCCCAGUGUCUCACUGGAGGAUUCUAGGCAGGGGCUCUAUCACUUAACUCAGGAUAAGCUAGCUGCUGACAGCCAGGCCCUCUCUGUACCUGAGGUUCCUGUCUGCUUCCCUUGCACCUGCUCCUGGCCUCUCUAGCCCAGGGACUUAGCGUCCCUUCCCCAGCUUCUGAUUCCUAUGAACGCCUGCUGUUUUGGAGGUGUGCACUCUUAGUCUUAGGCUCCUCUCUUGGUCCACUUGCCCUUUUUCUUCUCUCUCUUCUUUUACUUUCUCCUCCCUCCCUCCAGUUUAGUCUGGACUCUUCCAGAUGCCUCUGGCUGUACUCUCCCUUAUAGCUGCAAUAAAAACUGUCACUCCAGCAGUA